AUGAAUACAGCAAUGCCGGCUGAUAUAGCUAUUAUAGAGGAUGAUCUCAACUUGGAGGAAUUAAUGAAACAGAAAGCUCUUCUUCAAGCUCGAUUAGGUGCUUACAUGUCUGAUACUGAAGGUGAUGACAGUCGUUCGCAGCGUGAAAUGGAACAUACUCUACCUGUGAAAUGUACUGAAAGUAGUGUAAGCAACAAAUACAGCAAGCGUAACGAACAUACCACCACUGCAAAUAGUAAACAUAAUUUAAAUAGAAUUUCUAAAGAUAAUGAAUCCGAUGUUAUAUUAUUGGAUGAUUCUAGCGGUGAUCGUUGCACACCGGAACGAUUUGACAGACAGCAGAACACGAUAGACUAACAGAUCGACAGAUUCCGAUAGUCAUCAUCGUAGCUCAUAUACAGAACGGCAGGACAUGGAACGGCGCGAAAUCGAGGGAAUAGGGAUUCGUUGUUGCGUUAUCAUUGCAACAUACGCUGUA